ACAAAGCGUUGCGGCAUACUAUCACAGCUGACAGAAUACAAACGACAGUGCCUGAGAAAGGACAAGUAACUUUCAAUUGUGAAUUAACAAAGUGUCAUUUAUGGAAAAGUGUAAAUAUGGGAUAAUUUAGUUGUGUUGCGAAUGGAUCUUUUCAGUGAUGGUGUUUAAUAUUUUAUUUGGACAAAUGGACAAGGUUGAAGAGUUGUUACCAGGCAUAGAAGAUUUCCUGUGCAAAACUUUAGCUAAGGAGAAUCUAUCUGAACAAGCUGAACAGCAACGUCAGUAUUUCGUAGAACGAUUAGAUAUCCUCCAACUUCCGCCAUCAGUUCCUCCAAGGACAAGUGCCACAAGACUAGAAACGACUGUAGAAAUCCAUGGUUCACCAAACCUGCACCGCCAGAGCUCUCCUGACAGAGAAUUAAGAUCACCAACAUCUAUAGAGGAUGAAGAUUUUGUGGCAUACCAACGGGAACUCUCAAGAUCCUUACUGUCAGGAGGAUACAGUGAAGAAGAAUUGAGAGUCAAGUUGUAUGAUGAUAUAGACCACCAGAAUAAUAACAGUGAGAUAAUAGAAAAUGAAGUAAAUCUAUAUGAGAUUCCUGUACCUAAAGGAGUUCAGAGUCCACCAAAGGAGAAUGAUUAUGAGGAGACGACAAUCAUUACCAACUCCACAGAAAAGGAGGAACAGUCUGCCAGUCCUGUCCCUCCACCCCUCCCUCCAAGGAGGGACAGGACAUCAUCUGAUGCCCAGAGUCGGUCUUCGUGUGGUAGUAUAUUAGAAGAUAUCAAACCAGGUCUUCCACUUCGACCACAACUAACACCCAAAUCUGAGAUUUAUAAAGGGUCCAAUGAAAGACUUGUAGAAGACGAUUUUUGUGAUGAUUUAGAUGGGACAUCUUAUGAAUCUUAUACUGAAGAAGAAGCUGCGAAAUUCAAUGUUCAAUUACCAAAGCCAGUCAAGAAAUCCAGUAAACACAAAAAGUUAUCCAAAUCUCGUUCAUCCAAAGAAUGGGACUUAAAUGUGCCUUUAAGAUGUUUAGAUGAAUUGACUCUGUCAGGAGAGCUCUUGUUCAAAGGGAAGUUAUCAUGGACAAGGAAAACAUGUGCCUUAUCGGAAGGACGAUUAGUGUGUUACAAACCUGAUAAAUGUGAUUCCAAACCUGCCUUAGUGAUACAGUUGACUGGAUAUAAAAGUGCUUUCUCAGAAAAAGACAGUCGCAAAGGAUUUGAUAUAAAACUCACUCACCCUUCACUUGAACUUCAUGUAUUUUCCGUGGAAUUUAAAGAAUGGGCUUCUUUAUGGUGUGAUUAUAUCAAUGCAAUGGCUGAAGGUGGACCACCACCUGGACAAUACUAUCAUCUUGCCAGAAGUUCUACAUUUGCUGGAGUAGACAGCAGUCAGAUUUAUGGUAGCAAGGCUGAUCUGAAGAUGUCUCAAUCCCAAGGAUCUCUAACCAGUUGUGAUGGUUCAGACCAAGAUUUUGUGAGAUCAAACAGUUUCAAUAAACCAAAAGUUUCCAGAAUGGGUUCCUUUGCAUUCCGUGCCUCACAGUUUUUCGAGUCCAUAGGUAAAAAGUCUGGCAGAAAGUUAUCUUCAGUAUCAAGUUUAAACAAUCUACGGGAAAGUUCUGGUACAUCAUCUCCUCUAGGAUCUCCCUGUACACCAGUAACAACUCCAGACACACCUGUGUUUUUACCUGACUGUUUGCCUGAAAUCCCAGCUCUACCAUCAGUUAGACCUAUAACACAUUCAGGGUAUUUAUGUAUCUAUAGUAACUUCAACAAAAGAAAGUGGGGGAAACGAUGGUGUCUUGUCCGUGAUAACACAUUUGAAUGUUACAAAAAUGAGACUAGUGGUGUUUGUGAAUUGGACUUUUUAUUACGAUAUUGUAAAUUACGGAGGGCAAUGGUAGAAACAAAAAGUGAACUUGGCUUAAUGCUGGUAGAGAAAGCUGGAGAAAAGAUAACGAUUGAGCCACUCAGUAGGGAGGAAAUGUUUGGAUGGUUACGAGUUCUGAUGAGAGAGACAUCAACAGAGGAGGUUCCCCAAGGUCUGGAGGAAUUCUGGAUAGAAGAAGAAUCUCCAUAUCAUGAUAUAAAUCCAACAGACCUAUCCUCUCCAACAUCAGAUGCUGGUGGUUAUUCUUCUAUUAAAGAUCAUUUUAACAUUAUGAAACAUAAAUGCUCUGAAGAGGAAAAUGAAGACUCUGCUCUGGAUAUUACUGCAAACACUACAUUGAUAUCUGACAAUCAAAUCCCUGUAGAUCAAAGUGAAUCGGAUAAAUCUAAAAUACAAGGGGAAGUUACUGGAGAUUUAUACUCACAAGUCAGGAGGAAAAGUUCUGAAUCAGCCAAUGGGGAAUCUCUAACUAGUGAUCAUAGGAUAUCAGAUAAUGUGUUUUUGUUUGAUGAACAGGAUACCAAUCACUUAAGACAGGGAGAUAACUCUGAGGAUGGGGGUAUGUUUGCUGAAAUCCUCAAUAAAAUCAAUAACCAUUUUAGCAGAGAAAACUCUUUAGUUUCAGAAGAAUUUAAUGUACAGAGUGAUACUGCUUAUAAUAGUGCUGUAUGUUCUGAAAACAGUUCAUUAGAACGAAAACCUCACCAAGAUGUACAUUCCGUUAGUGACAAUUUGGACACAUUAAGUCAGGGGACUGAUAUCCAAGUCAGUCCUCUAGAGGAGUUCUCUCCCAUCAUACAUACUGCUGACCAUCACAAUGAUGGCUAUGAAAACCAUAUCAAUGCAAAAUGUAUAAAUGACCAAUCCACUGUUUCAACUCAAAGUUUUAACCAAUCAUCAAGGACCAAUUUUGAAAUUACCAAUACUAUAAUUGACCAAUCAAAUAUUUCUGUUCAGACUUUUAGCCAAACAGAAACUACAACUAUUUUUGAAAGGACCAAUGAAACAAUUCAGACUCAUCUAACCGUUGAUUCUAAGUCAGUAUCAAGGGACCAGUGUGACAGUGCUAUAUUUGAAUCUGAAUCUAUUUUAGAAGAUCUAGAUGGUAACCCAAAAGCUCUUCUACGUAAGAUAGAACAACUAAGAACUCAUUUAGUUGAACUUAAGAAAACCAGGAUCUCUGUAAGAAACCAGAAAGAGCAGGCUGUGAAAGAUUUGGACAGGAAUUAUCUGGAAGAGGAAUAUGACAGACUGGAUGAAGAAUGCCGGACAAUUACAGACGAAAUAUCAUUGUUAGAAGAACGGUUAUCAUUACAUGAGGGUUAUGAUAAUUGUUAAAUGUAUCCAAUCAGAACAGGAUUUCAAGAACUGAAAAGUGUAUUCCUGCAUUUGAUGCAAUAUACAUUUGUAUAUGUCAAUUCCAUAAAAUGUAUGUGUCAAAAUUUUUCAGAUUUUUAUUUUGCAAUCUCAUACUUGUUCAGACCUUUUAAAAAAGGAUGGCUAAAAUGAAUGCUUAAUGGUUUUACAUUAUAUUCAAGCAUCUCUGUUACAAUUGAUAGUUUAUAGCAAGUCAUAAUAUUUAUCAUUGAAUCUCAUGGGACCAUUUAUACUUUAUUUGCAAUAUGUACAUAUGGCACUCGUUAGUUGAAAGCAAAAAAAGCACUUUUUCAUAUGUUGUUUUUACACUCAGUUUUCUCAGCUUGGCAAUUCUAUAUUAAACCAUGUAAAAAAAAUGAAUAGACAACUUCAACUUUCAAUAACUUAAUACUAUUAGGGAUGUAUAUACUUUGUUGUCUGUGAUGAUCAAAAUAGGUAACUCAAAUGUCCAGGAGAAAGGAUUUUUAUUUUAUAAAAUUAAUUUUCCUAAAAAAAAAUUGUCAUUCUAUUUCUAACUCUAAAUUUACCACUGAUUGUAAUUAAACAUGAUUAUUAACAGUGUAAAGCUUUGUUCUUGAACUCAUUUUAGUAGAACAAUGUGUAAAGAAAGUAUUUCUUAAAUGACAUUUAUAUACAUCCUCUUACUAUUCUGACUGGUUUCUGUCAUGUGACAGUGUCAGAUAAUUGUAUUUUUAAACUUUUGUAGUGCUCUGUUGUGAUAUUGAUACUUUUUGGGGGGGAAUGUAGAGUGCUGUGUUGUGAUAUAACUUGGUCAAUGAUAUUUUUUAGAUCUCUUUAUUUGUAAAUAGCGUGUUAUAAAAUCAAAAUGUUUUUAUUGUUAACGUUCAUAUCAUACAUUUUAUUUGUUUUAUACUGUAGAAUUGUAUAUUGUUUUUGUUUUUACAUGUUGACCUCAAAGGUACAAUGUAGGUCAUAUAUACCUACUUACAGCUGAGCUGUUUUAUAAAUAGCAAAGUUAUCAUUGAUAUGUAUACAAGUAUUGGAUUGUAUUUACAAUAUAUAAUGUUCAAUACUGAUAUUUAUGUCAGUCUAUAUCUACAGUUAAGGGACUCUUCCACUCUUUACAUAUUUCCACCUAAAAUUAUUUUUCUGAUCAGAUUUUACAUGAAACAUACACCAGUAUGUGCGAACUGAAAGCAGCAAUAACCACAUAUCAUAAUGUACACAUUGUUAUCUAAACCACAAAUAUUGAAAAACAACAAACCAAAAGACAAUUGAAGUAACAUUUUCUACUAAACCAUAAACUACAUCAACAAAAGAAAAUUAGAUAAACUUGACUUUAUACAGACAUAUCAUCAUAAGCGGAAUUAUAAAGAACUAAGGCAAAUGUUUCUGUAUUUAUAAUCUGUUCUAGAUAUUAUAUUUUUUUUACUUUUCAUUCAGUUCAUUGAAAUGAAAAUUUAUUAAGCAAUUUGCUUGAAAUAUUGAAUUAUUUUUACCAUUUAAUUGAGAUGGUUUACCAGAUUGUUUGUCCACUUGAAAAUAUUUCUCAAAUAUCAAUUUGAAAACUUCUUAGAAGUUUUUCACAUCUUAUGAAAUUAAUCCAGAUUUUAUACAAAUUUAUCAAAAUAUUGAUUUUAUUUUUCAUUAUAAUAACCAGAAACUGGACACUGUUAGCAGCAAGAGUUGUUAUUUUGUUUUAAUUAUCAAAAUGUUUCUGUCAUCUAAAUAAACCAAUGGUACAAAUACUGGUAAGGGAGAUAAUUAAUACUGCUGACAUGGGAGAUAACUCAUAAUUAUUAUAGUACUCCAGUGUUUUUAUUAUUAUUGCAAUUUUUUUCAUAUUGUGUGUAUCAGAAAUAUAUUUUUAUAAACAUAUCAGAAGCAUUUAUAAUCAAAUGGUAAAUUGUUCACAUUCAACUAAUUUUAUUUCCAUGCCUAUGACCUUGUAAAAUCUGAGACCAUCAGAAUUUUAUAGGUUCUUAGUCUUUUGGGAUGAAAAUUUGUGAUUUUUUGGUUUACAACUGUUAAAACAUAUCAUAUUUUAUAGUGUAAAAAAUUUGACAUAGUCAAAAUGUAUUUAAGAUUAUCAGAGUAUGCAAAUUAAGUUUGUCUUUAUCAACAGCUUUCAGAUACUAUGUCUGGUUCAAAAGUUAACAGUUUUUCAUUAGUGCCACCAUUACAGGGGAGAUAAUAUGAAAGUUGAGCUUUCCUUUCUAAAUUUUUCAAGUUUUAUCUUUAACAGUAUCACGAAUGUAUUAUUGUUACUAAAAAUAUGAUUUUAGUUAUGAAAAUUAUUGAGGAGAAUGAAACAAUCAUUGUGUAUAUUUUCCAUGUGCUAUUUUAAUUUGCAAUUAAAUACAAUUGGUUUGUAAAAAAUUUGUUAACACUAUAAGAUAUGUAAACGUGGUAUAUUUAGAUUCCCAGUGAUGAAAUUGAAUGGUUGAACUAUUUGUGAAAUUGUUACAAAAAAGGAUCAAGUGAAAAACAGGAAUCUAUGAAAUUAUUUUAUAUGUCCAUAAGAGUGGAUGAUUCUUUAUCUUUUAAAGCUUUAAGGAUUAGAGAUCCAGUUUUGCUUUUCAUUUGACAUUAAAAUGCCAAACUAUU